CGUUGAUCACCAGGCACCAACCCCCGCACAUCUCCUCCGCCCUCUCUUCCUCCACCAGCUCCCCAUCCACCCUCACCGAGCUCCAAGAACUCCCACCACCCACCCGGCAUGGCCGCCGCCGCGACCGCCACCGCCGUCCGCCUCCACGCGGCGGCCACGCGACGCGCCGCCCCGCGCCGGCCGGCGCGCCUCGCGGUGCGCGCGGACGCCGCGCGGGCGGCGACGGCGCUGACGCAGGACGACCUCAAGCGGCUCGCGGCGGUGCGCGCGGUGGAGCAGGUGCAGAGCGGCAUGGUCCUGGGGCUCGGGACGGGUUCCACGGCCGCCUUCGCCGUCGCCGAGAUCGGCGCGCUCCUCGCCAGCGGGAAGCUCUCCGGCAUCGUCGGCGUGCCCACCUCCAAGCGCACCUUCGAGCAGGCCACGUCGCUCGGGAUCCCGCUCUCCACGCUCGACGACCACCCCGUCAUCGACCUCGCCAUCGACGGCGCCGACGAGGUCGACCCAGAUCUUAACCUUGUCAAAGGGCGGGGUGGAGCCCUUCUCCGAGAGAAGAUGGUCGAGGCCGCGUCAGGAAAGUUCGUCGUCGUCGUCGAUGAGACGAAGCUGGUUACCGGCCUGGGAGGGAGCGGCCUCGCCAUGCCGGUGGAGGUCGUGCAGUUCUGCUGGAAGCACAACCAAGUAAGGCUGCAGGAUCUGUUCAACGAAGAAGGCUGCGAGGCAAAGCUGAGACUGAACGAGGAUGGCAAGCCCUACGUUACCGACAACUCGAACUACAUUGUCGAUUUAUACUUCAAGACGCCGAUCAGGGACGCGUUGGGCGCGGGCAAGGCGAUUGCGGCUUUGGAAGGAGUUGUUGAGCAUGGGCUGUUCUUGAACAUGGCAACUUCAGUGAUCAUUGCCGGAUCCGACGGCGUCAGUGUCAAAACAAAGUGAGUGUUUUGGGUCAGCUGUUGCUGGUGUGUUGAGUUUACGAUUUUUCAGUGAAUAAGCUAUCUGUGUAAAAGGAACAAAUAUAAUGUUUUUCUAUAGAUAUAUAUUUUUCUA